AUGAAAAUUAAAAAUGUAUCAAAAAAUCUAAUACUAUAUUUAUUUAUUUUACAUUUUCUACUUGUAAAUAUAGUACACUCAAAUGGUUUAUUUGAUCAACUUUUCAAAAUUCAACAUACAACCAACAUCGAUGUUAGAUUAAUUGGUUUUGAUUCACUUGAACAAGAUGAAUUAAAAAUAUUAUUAAAUAAAUUAAAUAAAGAUUAUAGCCCAACUAUUUUAUAUCCUAAAUUACAAACUAUUGAUUUAAUUAAACAAAAUCAUAAAUUUAAUAUAACAGAAGGAUCACAUAAUUUAAAUGAAGAGAUUAAAGCAUCAGUUAAAAAGUAUAUAUCAGAAUUUCAACAUAGGAGCACUUUAAAGCAGGAUGAAUAUUUAGUUCCAUUCGAUAUAGUUGAUAAUAUUAUAGCACAAGAUUAUAAACAACAAAAUCAUAUCUCAUAUGUUGUAUACAUUAUAAAUACAAUUUAUGAUAGAGAAGAUUCAAUUGAAAAAUAUACAUAUUCUCAAUUGAAUUCAACAACUAUAAAUACAUUACAUAGAGAUGGAAUUAAUGUAGUUGACCAUUUAUGUAAUGUUAAAUUAUGGCAAUCAAAAUCAGAAUCACCAAAUAAUCCAAAUAAUUCAAAUGAUGGUAGUGGUAGAUAUGUUUGGAUUGAUAUUGGUGCUGAAACUUGUACAUAUGGUCCACAAACAAAGGGUACUGGUUUAAUUUCAAAUCAACAAUUACCACAUACAAAUUCAAGAUUUACAAAAAAAUUAUAUGAUAUAUCAACAUUUUUUUAUCAUACAAUUAGACAAUUAAUAUCACCACCAAUUUAUGAAAUACCAGAGAAAUAUGGUUGGAUUGAUUUAGAAAUUCAAUUAAUUAUGAUACAUGAUCAUUUAGUUGGACAAUUAGAAGUUUCAGAACAAUUUGAUUGGGAAUCAAUAAAGGAACAAUUAGGAGAGAAAAUGCCAUUAUUACCAAAUCAAAGAAUAACAUUUUCAAAGAGGGAAGUAUCAUUAUUAAAUAAUUUAUAUGCAGCUCAAAUUAAACAAUCAUCAUUGAAAACUCAUCAUUCAGUAUUAAAAGGUACUCAACAAUUUUUAGAUUCAAAAGAACUUCAUCAUUGGUUUAAAGUUCAUAUUCAAAAAUUUAUACCAUCUUAUUUAGAUGAUUCUUCAAAAACAAUUAUUCCAAUCUUUUUAUUUGAUAUUUCUUAUAAAGAAUUAUUAUUAUUAGAUAGAUAUUAUCAAGCAGUAUCAUUCCCUGAUAUGGUAAUUGGUAUUCAAACUCAAUCAGGAUUAAUGAAAAUUGAUUAUCAAUGUGAUAAACAAUUAGGAAUUAAUCCAAUGGAUGCAACUAAACCAAUAUUACAAUCAUUAUUAAUGACAAUUUGGGGGGUUGGUUCAAAUAGUUUAGUUGUUAAUGAAAAUUCCAAACAAAUUGAAAAUAAUUUCAUUUGGAAUAUUGGAUAUAACCCAAGUAAUAUGUUUACAAAUUUAAAGGAUUUAUCAUUCUCUCAAACUGAUUCAGCAAUUAGAAAUUAUUUAUACUUUGAUAUAAUUUCAUCAAUUGAUUCAUUAAAGAGUAUAAUGGAUCAUAUUGGUGAUGAUGAAACUUGGGAAGAAUUCACUCACUCAAUCGAUAAUCCAAGUGUAAGAUCAAUCGAUUCCUUCUUUAAGAGUAUUAAUUCAACGAUAACACAAAUCAAUUCAAAUUUACAACUUCAUCAAUACUCUAAAGCCUAUGAUAGAAUUAAUCAACUCUCUGAUCUUGCAAUGAAUAUCAGUAGUGUAAUACAUAAAAUUCAUUCAUCAAAACAUUCUUAUUUAGAAUGUGAAAAAUCAACUUUUCUAUUAUCUGAAUUUAUUUCAAUUUCAUUUACAACAAUAAUUGUAAUUUAUUUCUUAUAUAAAGUUUUAAGAAAAUCUUUAUUUUAA